CAACACUGCAAGUAGCAUAGGCGCAAACAAAAAAACAUAUAAAACAAUUUCUCUUUUGAUACUAGACCUAAGUUGUGGUUGUGAGAAAUCCAAGCUACCUCUUCAUCACACAUACUCUCUCCUUCCAAAAAAAGCCAUUUUCAUAUUCCAUUAAUUGCAGUUCUCUCUCAUUCCCUGCACAAGCAUAUUCAUCUUCCAAAAAAAGUAAACCGAAUUUGUUGCAUAUAGUUGAAAUUCCCCAUCUUCUUUUAGCAUUCCCCACCUUUUUUACUACACUUUCAUGCACUGUUAGGUCAAUAGCUUGCGUGUUGGGAUUUGUGUUGAACUCUUCAGAAUCAAUUCUGUCACACAGACUCACCACUUUACUCAGAAUUGAUUUUGCCUUCAACGUGAAAAUCCAACUAGUUUCCUCACAUGUUAUUGUAAUUGUCUCAUCUUAAGAGACAUGUUGUAAAGACUUUGUCAUCUCAACCUAAUAUUCCUACAAAAUUUAGUGAUUUCAUAGGCAAAUUCAGGUUGCUUUAAAUAGAGUGAGGAAUUUAAGAACUAGAAUUCAUGCUCACUGUGUCGCCUUUGAAGAGCACAAUGGAGAUCAUGGAGAAUUUUUCAAUCGGAGAAGGUCAUCAUCAUGUUGACUUUGCUGACCUUUCAGAUGGGAACUUGUUGGAAUGCAUUGACUUCGACGACCUCUUCGCCGGCAUCGAUGUCUUACCGGAUCUGGAGGUGAACAUGGAAAUGCUUGCUGAGUUCUCAGUCAGCAGUGGCAGCGAUAUUGAGUUAUCGGUUUCGGGUGCAAAUAGCAAAUCUGAUUGUGAUAGGAAUGAUUGUUUAGUUACUGAGAAGGAAAAACAAGAUGAAGAAUAUAAAGGGGCUUCUUCAGAUUCUUCUGGUAGCAAUUCAGGGUCUGAGGAGAUAGUGAGCAAAAGAGACCAAUCAGCCGAGGCGAAUCCAUCUCCUAAGGAAGGUGACAAAGGAAGAAAAUCAUCAUCAUCAGCUCAAUCAAAGAAUCCUCAAGGGAAGAGAAAGGUGAAAGUGGAUUGGACACCAGAAUUGCACAGGCGAUUCGUGCAAGCAGUGGAACAGCUUGGAGUAGAUAAGGCUGUGCCUUCAAGGAUUUUGGAGAUUAUGGGAAUUGACUGCCUCACUCGCCAUAACAUUGCUAGCCACCUUCAAAAAUAUCGAUCGCAUAGGAAGCAUUUACUAGCGCGUGACGCUGAAGCAGCAAGAUGGAGUCAACGGAGGCAAGUGUUUGGUGGUGGAGGAGGAGCAGGGAAGAGAGAUAUAAACCCUUGGGUUGCACCCACCAUGGGUUUCCCUCCCAAUCACAUGACACCACCACCAAUGCACCAUUUUAGACCUUUACAUGUUUGGGGCCAUCAUAUGGACCACCACUCCUUCAUGCACAUGUGGCCUAAACAUCCACCGCCACCAUAUGCACCACCACCACCAGCAUGGCACCAAAGGGCUCCAAACGCACCAACACCAGGAACUCCGUGUUUUCCACAACCUCUGACAACAACGAGAUUUGGAGCUCCAACUGUUCCGGGCAUUCCACCACCACCACCACCUCGCGCCAUUGGCGUCCUCGCCGGGCAAACACCUCCUCCACCACCCCUCUUCGACUUUCAUCCGUCAAAGGAAAGCAUUGAUGCAGCCCUUGGUGAUGUUUUAUCUAAACCAUGGUUGCCACUGCCUCUUGGCCUUAAAGCUCCAGCACUUGAUGGUGUCAUUGGUGAAUUGCAGAGACAAGGAGUUCCCAGACUUCCACCCUCUUGUGCUUGAAAUUAAAGCCAAUCCCAUACGGGGAGAUUUUUUUCUCAAUGCGCGGUGGGAAGGACACAAAACCCUAAUUCGACGAAUUUUCAACUCUAGCUCUUCUAUUGCACUUGCAUGUUAAAUGCGUGUGCUUGUUUCUCAUCUUUCUUCAUUUUGCUUGUUUUAGCAGAAAGAGUGGAAGAAAUAACCUGUAAAAACCUUUUUAGUUGCUAUAUCAAGCACGAAUAGCUUCAACUGAAGUCUUUGUUGUAGCCAUUUGGUGUAAUGUGUACAAUUAUGAGGCUGUGAGUUUUGUAUUGGACGCAUGAUGAUCAUAUUAGACUAAUAAGGUGAGGAAUCUCAAUAAAGUGCUUUAGUGAUCAAACA